CAUAUGCGUCGAGCACUCAAACUGAGUGACGUAAAUUGGCCAGCGCCGCCUGCCGGGGACACGUCAUCGGUGUGUGACAUCAGGAAGUGAUUUGAUGCUUCAUCAUGAGCCAGUUACAGCCGGAACACGAUUCCUAUGCAAUUGAAGAACCCAGUGAUGAGGAACCGGGACUUAGCAGCUCUGAGGAUGAACUGGAUAUACUUUUACAUGGGACACAAAAACAGAAACUCAAGCUGAUUCGUGAAUGUCUGACUGGAGAGAGUGAAUCGUCCAGCGAUGACGACUUUGAAAAAGAGAUGGAAAAUGAGUUGAGCAGCACUUUGAAAACAAUGAAGGGGAGCUGGCAGACUGCUGGUCCUAGUUCAGAUGUGCCUGCUGCCACCACAUCGUCUGAGAGCACACCACAGCAAUUUUACGAUGAUAUAUAUUUUGAUUCUGACUCUGAAGAUGAAAGCAGCAAUGCUGCAGUUAAGAAGAUCAAGCCGAGGCGAAAAAACCAUCCAGUACUGACCAAUGAUGACCUUCUGUAUGACCCACAAGAGGAUGAACGGGACCAGGAGUGGGUUGAUGCCAGGAGAAGACGGUACCGGAACAUGAAGAACCCCAAAACAUCUGGCCGGCAACAGGCCAAGAAUCAAGCCAUACCCAACAGUGAUGCUGUCUUGAAUUGCCCUGCCUGUAUGAUAACAUUGUGCUUGGACUGCCAGAGGCACGAGUCCUACAGAACCCAGUACAGAGCCAUGUUUGUUAUGAAUUGCUCUGUUAGCAAGGAUGAAGUUCUCAAAUUCCCAGAUCAACCCAUGAAAAAGCAAAGACGACGUGACAGCAAGAAGGUGAAACGUCCUGCAAUGGAUACGGAAACACAAAGCAAGCCAGAAGAAAUGUAUCAUCCGGUAAAAUGUACCGAGUGUUCCACAGAAGUGGCCGUUUAUGAUAAAGAGGAAGUGUAUCAUUUCUUCAAUGUCAUUGCUAGCCAUUGUUAGGGAGUGAAACUUCUGCCAAUACCGGGUAAGUGGCUGGUUAAGGUUCAAGGAUCGGACAUAUUAAUGUUUGAGAAGCUGGAUUUCCAUCAUAACAUGUAUCUAUAGGUAGAAAAGUAGUGACACCGCUGUAUAAUCUGUAGCUGCCUGUACAAACUUGUUUUAUUUCACUUGAAAUGAGAUUUUUAGUUAUUUUUUUUUUUUUUUAACCUUUCUGCCCCAAUAUAUAAUAUUUACAAUUUUAAGUCCUUCUCAUUGCACAAAAACUAAUCCUAAACCCCCCAAAAAACGUUUUCCAGUUCUGGUCUUCCAGAGGAAUGCGGUAAUGGGCGCCAGAAUACAAGUGAUGUCAAGGUUGUUUUGGGUGGAGCCGAAUCUCUUUGGAAAACACUCAAAGAUUAAAAAUGUGCAAAAAACUAAAAAACGAACCCCAGAAUAUGUAAUCGACACAACCCCACCCCCAUGUAUAGAGCUGAGCUAGAAAAGGACCCACAUCUUAAGCUCUUAAAAUUGGAGGUAUGCUAUUCAUUUGUUUCUCAGCUUCAUUCUGCAAUUUCUCUGCUACUUCCUCCAUUUUGCCAACACAAGUCAAGAUGGUCUGAUUCCUGCUCAGCUCAUAGGGUGUCCCACCUGCAGGCCUAUGGCAUCAUCCUCGCCCAAGUAGAGCACGCCUGCCACUUCCGUUAGCUCAGGGGAGCUAAUGGAAAGAGAGAGAAAAAAAACUCCCUAUCUGUCUGAUAGCCAUGGAGGUACUUCAUAUUUUAAUGAGAAAAAUGCUGAAUUCCCAUAGAAAGCGGCUCUUUUUUAUAAACUGUAGUUAAAUUGUGAUACUACCCUCCCAGCUUGCUGUAGUGCAUUGUGGGCGAGGAGUGGUCCUUUUCGUUAAACAUGUCUGCUCUUUCCCCCCAGCUUAUCAUACUUUGUUGAAGAAAGCAAUGUAAAAAUGCUAUGUGAAUAAUCCAUUUGUACAUUAUAAAUUCUUGUAUAUAAGCCAUAAAAACAAAUGUUAAAGCAGUCAUGUUACCGAUUGGUUUGUGUUUUGGUUUUCCUUCCUCCUGUCUUGUUUUUAACAUGCACCCUUAUUCACGGAAUAAGAAUUGGCAAGGCCAUCAUACCUUUUAAGCUCAAAUAGCUAAAAAUGGAAAAGUGAUCAAA